AUGACACGGCAAAACGCCAUUUCCGCCCUGGAGAUUGAGCAGUUAGUUGCCCACGGUGAGCCGGUCGUCAUUCACGAGGGAUACGCCCUAAACAUCUCGACGUGGAUCGAUAACCACCCUGGCGGCCGCCUGGCCAUCUUGCACAUGGUAGGCAGAGAUGCCACAGACGAGAUCAACAUCUACCACUCCAAAAAGGCCCUUCUCAUGAUGAAGCAGUACCGCAUUGGCCGCGUAGAAGAACCGUGGAUGAACCUGGAGCCUCCCAUUCGUGCCGCAAAGCACCACUCCGACUCAGAUCUCGACGAGAAGGCCGACUUCACAGCUGAUGAUAGACGGUCAAGGCGGAGUGUCGACCUGGGCUCCGUGGCUGCCACCUUAACCAAGAAGCUGAUUCCUGUCGACGGCUGCGCCAACACGUGCAGAUCUCGCACACCAGACCCAGAGAAGCAGCCUCUCUUACGAUCCGAACCGACCCUGCCUCUUCGAUUCGACAAGGUCGCACACCGAAUGCAGUAUGCUACCGAGAUGGAAGAGAAGGAAAUCAUGGAGGGCAGAAGGGACAAUCCAUCUCUGGACGCCGAGACGCAACGACAGAUCAUAUUAGACUACCGCGAGCUGCACGAGCAGGUCAAGGCGGAAGGCUUGUACCAGUGCAACUACUCAGCAUACGGCUGGGAGUCUCUUCGCUACGGCGCUCUGUUCGCUGCGUUCGCAUACCUGCUCUACAGCAAGUGGUAUCUCACAUCUGCCCUUUUCCUCGGCUUGUUCUGGCAACAGAUCAUGUUCACAGCGCACGACGCGGGCCACCGUGGCAUCUCAGGCAACUUUGUCGUCGACACACUCAUCGGCGCCUUCAUCGCUGACUUCUGCUGCGGUCUCUCGAUCGGCUGGUGGAAGUCCUCCCACAAUGUCCAUCACCUCAUUACCAACAUGCCCGAGCACGAUCCCGAUAUCCAAAACACCCCCCUCUUCUCUACCUCUCCGACCUACAUGAAAGGCAUCGUCUCUACCUUCUACAAGGACUUUGAGUUCAAGUGGGAUGCGGCGUGCGAGGUGAUGCUGCCCUACCAGAAGUACACGUACUACCCCGUCAUGGCGCUUGCACGAUUCAACCUGUAUCUGCUCAGCUGGUGCCACUUGUGCUCACCGCGCGCGGCACAACUCGGCGCCGCAUGGUGGACGCGUCCUGUAGAGCUAGCCUUUAUGGCCUGCUACUGGUUCAUCUUCGGCUACCUGCUUGUGUGGUGCACCCUCCCCAGCUGGCCGGUCCGCAUCGGUUUCGUGCUCAUCUCGCACCUGGUCACCAUGAUUCUGCACGUCCAAAUCACCCUCUCCCACUGGGGCAUGCCCACCUCAGAUCUCGGCCCCACAGAGUCCUUCCCUCAGCGUCAGAUGCGCACCACCAUGGACGUCGACUGUCCUGCGUGGCUGGACUGGGUCCACGGUGGUCUGCAGUUCCAGGCUGUGCACCAUCUUUUCCCGCGUGUCCCGAGGCAUAACCUGCGCAGAGGCCAGGAGCUUGUCAGGGAGUUCAGCAAGAAGACCGGCGUGAACUAUCACUGCUACGGGUUUGUCGAGGGCAACAAGGUCGUCCUCAGCAGGCUGGAAGAGGUGGGCAAUAUGGUCAAGAUGAUGGUGCACUGCCAGAAAGACAUGGCAGAGACGGGCGAGAGCGGUUUACACUGA